GUUACAAGUUUAGUCGUCGCCCUGCAGUCGCAGCAUGCUGUGCAGUCGAAGAGAGUUGUGCAUUCAAUUGCUUGUUGCUGCCUUGAUUAUCUCAAGUUAUUGUACGGGGAAAAUUGUCUUGGAUAUGGAGCAGUCGCGACCGCUGGAUAUGGAAGACUAUUGUCGAACACUGGACAUAUUGCAGCCAGAAUACGAGCAAAGGAAUUGUGCUCAGAUCUUAGCGGAAGAGAAGGAGCUGACGAUGACCAGUGAACUGUUGAUGGACACCGAUCAGCGUUGCUGGUGGGGAUGGGAGCUCUUUGGACGACGUUGCCGCAAACGCGUUUAACUUAUAUCAUCGCUUAACUGUUGCAGCUCUUUGAGCCAUUGUACUUUUAGGAUUAAAUAAGAAUAUGUGGGAAAAUACAGCAACAGACUUUGAAAUCGGCUUAAAGCAGCUCAAAAUCUGGGCCACACUUGACAAGAGUUUGUCUCACACACAAAAGGCAGUUGACUGAGGCAUUGACUGACUGGCUGACUGCCUGACAGGCAGAGAGAAAACUUCUACGGUUAAUGCCAUAAAACUGAACUGGCAACAUGC